AUGGAUGAUAAAUUGUAUAAAUUGAAUUAUUUAGAGGCGGAAAAGUUGAGAAGGAAGAUUCUAUCAGAGUACGGGCUGGAAUCACAUGAGUUACCACAUGCUAAGUAUAAAAAUAAGUGUAAUUUCGUAAUUAUUGAUAAAAAGGUGAAUAAAUCAUAUAAAAAUUGGGAAGAUUAUGAAAAGGUUGGUAAACCAGCACCUAACAAGUGUUACUACUGUAAUAUCAAGUACAGUGGAGUAAUGAGUUUGGUUUCAAUGUCAGAAUCAAUAAUGCUAGUGAUGGAGAGUAUGAGGAAUUGUAUACUUGAAGAUCAGCUGGUAUUGGCUCCAAUCACUCAUGUGAUGAACACUCUUUUUCUGGAUGAAAUCGCAUACACUGAGCUCAGAAAUUACCAAAAAACACUCGUUUAUAUGUUCCAACAAGUGAAUAAGUUUGUAGUUUUCUCAGAAAUAUCAACUACACGGAAUAAUUCAAAGAAUAGACCCAAUUUACAAAGUAGAUACGAGUCACAAAAUAGAGUCGACAUACAAAAUAGAUCAGAGUUACACCAUUGUAGAAUAGAAUGUUAUGGAUUAGAUAAAAGAUAUUAUGAAGAUGUAAAAUGUUAUUUUUCAAAGGCAAUUGAUGAAAUAGGAUCAAAUUGGAGUGAAAAUAAACGGUUGGAAGUUACUGGUAAAACAGGUGUUAGGGGUUUAAUACCUCAGGGAUUCGACUACAUUCAUGUUGAUUUCUCAUUAACAGGUGAAGCAAUGGCUAAAGUAAUUGAUAAUCCCAGCACUGUAAAGAAUAGUUUCUCAAGAGAUUUAAUCGCAUCAGUUCUUAAUUUAGAUCAACUAGAACGUAAAUUCACACAUACUCAAGAAUAUACCCAAGCCAUUGAUGAUAUAAGAAAACAAUAUAAAUCAUAUGAUUGGACUAAUUAA